AUGUCGCGGGAAGGCGCCGGCCGGCGGGCGGGCAGGAGGCGCAGUGCGGUGCAGUUAUUUGUGAAACCAUUUCAGGAUGAGCUACAAGAAGCAAUUUCUGCUCAUGCAGCAAAAGAGCAAACAGCUGAAUAUUCAGAUGACUUUGAGAGUGAUGAAGAUGGCAUGUUAAAUGGUGCUGGGGAAGAACUUAAUGAAAGCAGUUUGGGUGCUGAAAGCACUAAGAAAUCAGUUGUGAUAGAGAGUCCUCUCUCAGAUGAUGAUUCCUCACAAAAGGCAGAUUUGGAAAAGGAAGCUGCUGAUGACUUGCCUUUAUCUUUUCCUGAAGAAAAGCUUCAGCAAAUAAUGCUUUCAGAAAGUGAAAACACAGAGGAUGACAGAGAACAUGAUGAAGAAUGUUUGGACAGUCAAAAUGAGGGUGAUGACAGAAAAAAUAAUGACGAAUGUUCAGCUGCUGAAGUUCCAUGUGAUAAUGGUGGAAGUGACCACUGUACUGACUUACCUAUUCAUGAACUACAGAAAAAAAGCAAUCAAGAGGAACACAAACCAAUACCAAAGCCACGAGUGCACAAAACAGGAAGUGCUUCAGCAUCAGGUCAAGAUCAGAGCAAGAUCAGCACCGGUGACUUGAAACUGGAGGGCAAUAGUAGAAAAUCCCCUUCUGCAACAGAAGUAGUGACGACCACAGAACAUGAGAAAACAAAGAAAUUAGAGCUGCCAACAGAAGAAAAUUCAAAUGAAACACUGAAAAUAGUGGAAGGGCAAAUAGUAACUGAUACGAUACAAGAGGUAUCAGUGUGUGAUUGGUCCGAACAUGGGGAGGCAAAGAACACUUCAGAUGACUCUGUCAAGAAAUUAAGUGAAACAAAGGAAAGAGUUCUGCAAAACCCAAAAGCUUCUUUAUCUGGCAGGUCUUCUGCACCGCUAAAGAAAAAGGCAAAAGCUGUUCCUUCAGCUGCACCUGUUUCAUCUCAGUAUCUGGGAACGUUAAAGGUGUUGGAGGAUAAAUGUGUGCAGAACAGCACAGAACUUAACAAAGCAGAUAGUUUACGAGCAGCUGUUUUCCAGAAUUGGCUGGAAAAGAAAAGGGCCCUUCUACUGGAAUUAAAGAGAAUUGAAAAGAAGAAGGCUGAAAAUCUAAGGAAUGAUACUGAAAAGGAAGCUGUUAAAAGAGAGGAAGCAAUUGCAUCUUUUGAAGCCUGGAAAAAAAAGAAAGGAAAAGAAGCAAAGAAGUUAAGUGAACAGAAGAAGCUUGAGGAACUUAAAAAAAAGAAAGCAGCAGAACAGAAUGAGGAGAAAACAGAGGCAGCACACAAGGCAUUUGAAAAAUGGAAAGAAAGAAAAGUGGAAUAUUUAAGAGCACAAAGCAGAAAGGAAAAACAGUCUGAAAGAAUCAAAAAGAGGAAAGAAGAGGAACUGAUUGCAGAGAAGAGGAGGAACAGCAUGUCAGCAGUUGAAAAAUGGAAUGAAAAAAAGGAAGAAUAUACAAAACAGAAGAAAGCAGAAAAAGUCCUAGAGAGAAGAAAGCAAAAAAUACAACAGGCAAAGAAGGAAGAAAAAGAUAAAAAGGCUAUGGAGGAAUAUGAAAAAUGGCUGGAAAAGAAAGAGAGGAGAGAGCAGCUUGACAAGAAGCAAAAAAAGUUGAAGGCUGCCCAUGGAAGUGAAGUGCCUCCUCCCUGGAGUCCACCUGGCAAAGUCACAUAUUCAAGGAAUUACUGA